AUGUCUUCAAUCACAAUAAAACACCUCUCCGACCUCACACCUCCCUCCCAAGAACGGACUUGGCUCACAUCCCCGCAUCCCACCCUCCCAAUCGUCGCAACCUGCAGCUCGGACAAGACCAUCCGCAUCUAUUCCCUUACAAACUUCACCCUUGUAUCCACAAUCACAGGCGGACACAAGCGGUCCGUCCGCACAGCAGCAUGGAAACCGCACAUGUCAGGCGAAUCCGUACUGGCAACGGGCAGUUUCGACGCAACGGUUGGCAUCUGGCGCAGAUGGGAUAGCUACGGACGAGAAGACGGAGCCGGGUGGGGGAUGGGAGACAACAAAGAAAUUACCGCCGAAGACACCACAGCACCCAAUGACAUCGACACCUCCAACCGCGAAGAAGACGAAGAAGAAUGGCGGUUCGCCGUGCUACUGGAUGGACACGACAGCGAAGUUAAGUCCGUAUCAUGGUCAGCAUCUGGAAUGCUGCUUGCAACCUGCUCGCGCGACAAGUCGAUCUGGAUCUGGGAAGAUCUCGACGACGGCGACAACAACUUCGAGACCGUCGCCGUGAUGCAGGAGCACAGCGGCGAUGUAAAGUGUGUUUCGUGGCACCCUACAGAGGAAUGUCUGGCUAGCGGGAGUUACGACGACACGAUCCGGAUUUGGCGGGAAGAUCUUGACGAUUGGGGCCAGGUCGCUUGUCUCAAGGGCCACGAGGGCACGGUCUGGUUCCUGGAUUGGGAGGGACAGGAUAGCGUACCCCGUGGUAUUUCCUCUGGAGCCGCAGCCGAGUCCGACUUGAGUACUUUGCAAGCUCAAUGGCGCACGCAGAUCUCCCUCUCCGGCCCUCGGCUCCUCUCCUGCUCGGAUGACCGUACUGUGCGUGUAUGGCGUCGUCAGCCGAAGGAGUCACAACAGCAGGCAGCACUGUCGUCUGCGGCGACGGGAAUCCCGAGUAUUAUCCGGCCCAUGGGGACGGAUGAGAUUUGGGAGGAGUAUGCAACCCUGCCGCGUGCGCAUGAACUGCCUAUUUAUGCUGUUGCAUGGAGUAAGCGGAGUGGGCUUGUGGCUUCGACUGGUGCGGAUGGACGAAUUGCCAUCUACGAGGAGCGAUUUGUUCCGGCACAGAAUUCAGAGCAGCAGCAGGCUGAUCCGGAUGCUAUGGAUACUACGUCUGGUGAUGGUCUGACAACACCAUUGCGGACUGAGUGGGUGCUUGUCGGUAUUCAUGAUGGGGCGCAUGGUAUUUACGAGAUCAAUCAUGUUGCCUGGACGAAGAGGGCAGACCGCGGGUCUGGGGCUGAGGAGGAGGUACUUAUCACGACGGCGGACGAUGGGAGUGUCAAGGUCUGGACUGUGACCCGGUGA